UCUGUCGCAGCCGCUGAAAUCAAUAUAUAUACGCGUUAAGUAUCUUCUUGGUACGAUCUGGUUCACAGAAACACAGGAAGGAGAGGAGGCCGCCUGACACUUCUCUCAUUCACGCACCCAUCUCACGUCACUUCCUCUCCCUCCAUCUAUGGCUUCCCUUCUGUGCUUUUGACCUCAUGUAGUUCAAUCUCUUCUCUUACUUUGCAGUUUCAGAAAACUUUUCUGCUUCCUUCUCUCAAUCAAUCUCUAUAAAUGGCUGAUAUUUUUCGAUUACCAUCUUUUCACUCGCUUCGUUUCUCUUCUUCUCUGCUCACCUCCUUCUCCUCUACCUUCAAUUAUCUUCAACCCGCUCUCCCACCUAAUCAGAAUUACAGCAAUUCAGAUAAGAAGAUUUACCCUUUAGUAUAUUCUUCUGCUGGUGGUGUUUCUCGCUUCGCUCCCAUGCCCAGGAAGCAAUUGCUUUCUUUAAAGGUGCAUGCCGCAAUUGCUGAAACUGACCAGCCAAAAUGGUGGGAGAAGAAUGCAGGACCAAAUAUGAUUGACAUUCAUUCUACACAAGAAUUUUUGAGUGCCUUAAGUCAAGCAGGAGAUAGAUUAGUUAUUGUUGAAUUUUAUGGAACUUGGUGUGCAUCUUGCCGUGCCUUAUUUCCCAAGCUCUGUAGAACGGCAGAAGAACAUCCAGAGAUUUUGUUUCUUAAAGUGAACUUUGACGAAAACAAGCCUAUGUGCAAAAGUUUGAAUGUUAAAGUGCUUCCUUACUUUCACUUCUAUCGUGGUGCUCAUGGACAAUUGGAAUCCUUUUCAUGUUCACUUGCUAAGUUUCAAAAAAUUAAGGAUGCAAUUGCAAUGCAUAGCACAGCCGAAUGCGGCAACGGUCCGGCGAAGAGUGUUGGGGAACUUACUCUAGAAUCUGUGUCUACUCCAAAAGACAAGCCAGCAGGAUCAGCAUGAAAAUAGGAAUAUUAAUUUAAGCAUUUGUCUAUAUAACAAUGAGUUGUGGUGUAUGUUGCUUAGAUAUUCAAUGUUAUUCUGUAUAUUUUCACUUUUCUUUUGUAGAAGAGUGUAAGCAAUAGUUGUCAUCCUACUUCCAUUCUUUGGCGGUCUUCUUCUCUGUGAUGUUUGUAACUUUACUGGAAAUGAAAUUUCACAUCUCCCAUGUUUUUGGUAA